AUGGAGGUCUCUUAUUCAUGCAAUGAGCAUGCACCCGAGAUUGUUUUCUUUGAUUUGGAAACCACAGUCCCCAAAAAGGGUGGACAACGGUUCUGGGUCUUGGAGUUUGGUGCAAUUGUAGUAAGCGCCCACAAACUCAGCGAGAUUGAGAGCUAUACCACUCUGAUAAGACCCAAAGACUUAUCUGUAGUCUCAGUGAAGUCUAGCAGAUGCGAUGGCAUAACUCGUGGAGCUGUAGAAAAUGCACCAUCUUUUGAGGAUGUUGCAGACAGGAUAUUCAAUAUCUUGAAUGGAAGAGUUUGGGCAGGUCAUAACAUUCAGAGAUUUGAUUGUGUUCGUAUCAAAGAGGCCUUUGAAGAUAUUAAUAGGCCAGCACCUGUGCCAGUUGGAAUCAUUGAUUCUUUGGGGGUCCUAACUGAAAAGUUUGGAAGAAGAGCUGGUAAUAUGAAGAUGGCAACUUUGGCUUCUUAUUUUGGCAUGGGACAACAAAAGCACAGGAGCCUAGAUGAUGUUCGUAUGAACUUGGAGGUCCUUAAGAAUUGUGCAACGGUGUUGUUUCUGGAAUCUAGUCUACCAAACACAUUGCAUAGCAAAUGGUAUGGCUCUUCCAGAGUGAUCAUGACGCGAAGCAGAACUAAUGGGAAAUCACCCUGCAAAGAAGAGAGUAGCAGAAAAUCUCCUCCAACUUCAUUAGCAUAUCAGAGGACAGUCCCCUGUGCUAGGGGAAGUUUGGAAAAGGUGACUGAAAAAGUAAAGGGGUUGUUGUGUAAAGCACAAGGGAAACCACCUCCUCUUCAACAACUACUCAAGCAUUCUCAUUCACUUCUAAGGUGA